UUUGACGCCAUCAUAAUACUUCGGUCUUGACACCUUGUGGGUGCUCGUCUCAGGGGUACAGAUGGAGAAGCCUGUUAGGCCAGUACAACAAGAAGCCAGGAACUUAUGAACUAGAGUUAUAAAGACUGCUGGACCUGUGCCACAAGCAAGAGACUGGUGAGCUGGUGUGGGAACAAACCAAGGACCACUGAGCUAGUGUUACAAGGACCAUUGGACUAGUGCCACAAGGACCACUGAACUAGUGUCACAAGGACCACUGAGCUAGUGCUACAAGGACCAUUGGACUAGUGCCACAAGGACCACUGAACUAGUGUCACAAGGACCACUGGGGUCGUGCCACAAGGACCACUGGAUUAGUGCCACAAGGACCACUGGGCUAGUGCCACAAGAACCACUGGCCUAGUGCCACAAGGACCACUAGACUGAUGCCAUAGGGACUUCUUGACUAGUAUUGCAAAGGACUUCUGGACUGGUCCCACAAGGACUUUCGGGCUUGUGCCACUGGAACGUUCAGUCUGGUGCCUCAUGCAGGUACCCAAGCUGAUCAGAUUGAGAUCUUUAAUCAAACAAUUAAUAAGCAUCAAGUUUCCAAGAAAGAUGGCCACCAGAGAGAGUCUGGAAGCAGGAAGUAGUGUUGUGUCUGAGACUGAAGCCACGGAGGAGGUGUCGUUUGUUAUUGACAAACGACCUUUCACUUCAGUAAGCGAAGGAAAAGCGGAAGUUCUUUUUCCAUCAUCACAUGAUGUGUUCUAUAAUCCAGUACAAGAAUUCAACAGAGACUUAAGUGUGGCUGUGUUGAGGAUUUUUGCUGCAGAAUUCAAGAAACUGGAAAGAGAAAAGAAAUAUCAAGCGGAGUUGAAAGAAAAGAAACUUGCUCAGAAGAAAUCAGAUUCAGAAACUUCACUAGAAACUCCAAAUGCAGAAAAUGAUCCCUCAGAUGACAAAGAAUUGGCCAAUAAAAUAGUAGUACCUGUAUGUGAAGAUGAGAAGACUUCAAUUCUGCCUCCGGGAAUCAAGGAUGAAGAUGGUAUCCGCAUCUUGGAAGGUUUAGCCGCUUCGGGCUUGAGAUCCAUUCGUUAUGCCAAAGAAGUUGGAGGUGUGAAAGAGAUUAUUGCCAAUGAUAUAUCUAACCAGGCUUUGGAAUGUAUGAAGACCAACAUUGACCACAAUAAAGUUGGGGAUAUUGUUAUCCCAAGCCACAAUGAUGCCAGUAUGGUAAUGUAUCAGAACCGCGAACUCAGCCGAAGAUUUCAUGCAAUUGACCUGGAUCCCUACGGCUCUCCACACACUUUCCUGGAUGGGGCGGUGCAGAGCAUCGCUGAUGGAGGCAUUCUUCUGGUGACGUGUACAGACAUGGCUGUACUGUGUGGCAACUCCCCAGAGACCUGCUACUCUAAAUAUGGUGCUUUGUCUAUCAAGAGCAAAGCUUGCCAUGAGAUUGCUCUGAGGAUUGUCUUGCAAUGUAUAGAGUCACACGCCAACCGCUACGGCCGAUACAUUGUUCCACUUCUCUCCAUGAGCGCUGACUUUUAUGUCAGGGUUGUAGUGAAGGUGUUUACCAGCAGAGUUAAAUGCAAGGAGACUUUCUCUAAGGUGUCAUGGUUAUAUCAGUGUGUGGGAUGUGAGACUCGAACUCUGCAGCCAUUGGGUCGCAUUGUCAUCAAUGGUAAAAGUGUGAAAUACCAGCUGUCCUCUGGUCCCCCUGUAGCAGAGGCUUGUUCUCACUGUUCUCACAGACAUUUAGUUGCAGGGCCGAUAUGGUCUGCACCUAUUCACGAUAAAGAUUUUUUGAAAUCUUUGAAAGAAUCCUUGGUCGAGGAGGACUUUUCCACUUUCCGACGUAUGUAUGGGAUACUGACAAUGAUGGAAGAAGAGCUACAAGAUAUACCACUGUACUACGUUUUGGACAAAUUAUCUAAUAUUGCAGGUAUCAACCCCUGCAAGAUGGUACAGUUCCGAUCUGCUUUACUCAAUGCUGGGUACCGUGUGUCCAUGUCUCACACGGACCAAGCCAGCAUCAAAACGGAUGCCCCACCGCAGGUUGUGUGGGAUAUUGUCCGAGCUUGGGAAAAGCUGCGUCCUGCCAAUAGAGCAAAGAUGCCUGAUGACAGAGCAGGGAAAAGAAUAUUGGAAAAAGAAAUUCUAACAAAGAUAAGUUUUGAUCUCCACCCAGAAGCCAAGCCUGAAUCAAAGAAGCAAGAUUUGUUACGCUUUCAGGUUAAACCCGAAAAAAACUGGGGACCGAAGGCUAAAGCAAAAACCAGCCUAUUCAAUGGUGAUCAAGAGGAGAAGCGGUCACGUAAUCAAGGAAAGAAAAGAAGAUGUCAAAACGGUGAUAAGCCAUUACCAAAUAAAAUGACAAAAAGUGGCAAUAAUCAGAUAAGUGAUAGCUGAUUUGUUUGUCAAUUAUGACUUAAAUCAGCAAUACUGUAGAUGUUAGAGAAAAUCCUCCAAUAAACAAUCAUGAAUGUUACUGACAGCUUCACUCAAUGGGAUAAUUAAGAAACUCACGUGAAGAAAAUUGAAUUUAAAUGUUUAAAAUAAAUUUAUAUAAAUUUUAAAUUUUGCAUGGGAAAUAUAUAAUUAUUUUCCA